CAGCCGGAGGCAUACACUAUACUAGUGCUGGUAAUACAGAAGACGUGGAUUUCCACUGGUGUCUGAAGCUCGGGACGGUAGUACUAAUACACAUGUUUUAUCCUGACCUCAUAGGUGAAGUUUUGCAAUAGACACUAUGACAGAACCAUUUAAGAAUGCCCUGACAGAGGAUGACACUCAUUGUGCAGAAAGUUUGAUGAAAUUUUCGGCAUUAUCACUGACGCCAUGUUAACAUUGAGUAUAGAUGGCGCUGUGCAAGAGAUGUCAGUUGAUAUGGAAACUGAAAAUAAUAAAGAAGAACAGCGUGCUCCCAUGGCCACUGUUCGAAUAGUUUUGAAGGAGAAUAUCUUAAAAGCCAAAAUAGUGGGCAGAGGAACUGCCCUUGGAACAUGGGACACCCAACGUGGUGUAAACCUUGCUAGGUGCACCGAGUUGGGUGUCCCUGUUCUGAGGGCGGAAGUUCUUCUGCCCAAGGCUGCAAAUAUAGAGUGGAAGUUUGUUAGACCGCAAAAUCCUUACCACCCUGGGUCUGGCUGGAUAUGGGAGCCUGAACCCUUUAGGAACAGGUGCCUUCAAGUGACCACCAAGGACAGCAUGGAAGUGAUCUGUACAUGGGGAGAACUGGACAUGGAAAUAAAAGAGUCUAACUACACAUAUGAACCUGAAGUCCACACCAGUGGUAAGCAAAUUGCAGUUGUUACCAAGGAACUGAAGGAUGAUAACAGAGUAAAGGCUCCUAACACUGAAGACACAGUUGAUACCAAAGACAAUAAAUAUGCAACAGUUGUUAAAACUCUAAGUAUUGAGGAGAUAGCCGACAUUAAAGACGCAAACAGUGUAUCACUUGCUGAGGAUAUCAAGAACAGAGUUGAUGUCAAAGACACAAAAACUGUGAUGGAGGACGUGAAGGAGAGAGCACCCAAGGAUCGCCGUCCUUCACGGUGGCGGAGAUUAUUUAAUCUUUUUACGUCCUGCUUUAGGCGCAGGUCAAGGACGUAAAUGGGAGGAGUGUGCAGAACUACUAGAGAAUUUUUACCUCUGUGGCAGUCAAUUAAAAAACUU